AUGGAACUGCAACAGAAAGGCCUGAAUAAGGACAGAAUUCCCGCAGAAGAGUCGGAUGGCGGGAUUUUACGUCGCUUCCAGAGCCACUCCAAGGCCAAGGAGAGCAGGGAGGAGGAGCAAAUGCAUCCCGACUGGAAGCUGUGCAUUGCAUCUAUAAUCUGCUUUUUCUUCGUAAUUAUUGAGAUUGUUGGUGGCCCUCUUGCAGGAAUCUUGGCUGUGAUCACAGAUGCCGCCCAUCUCCUGGUGGAUUUGACCAGCUUCCUGAUCAGUCUCUUCUCCCUCUAGGCUGUCGGCGAGACCCCCCCGUCCAAGAAAUUGACAUAUGGAUGGCACCGAGUGGAAAUGCUCGGGGCAUUGCUGUCGGUCCUCACCAUUGGAGUGCUAGUGUAUUUGGCCUGUAAGCGCCUAGAAGACAUGGCCACAAUCACAGAACCAAAACCCCCAGACAUCUUUCUGGGCAAAACUGUAAGAGCAGGUUUUGUCCAUGCCACUGAAGAUCUCUUUCUGAGUGCGCGUGUGCUCAUUAGCACACUUACAAUAUUCUUCAAGGUCAGUGUUACGGAGAUGAUCCGCCGGCAGUGUGAUUAA